CAUCCCCCAAUUCCCCCCCAAAACCUUCCCAGUGUGUCUUCUCGACGAAGGAAGCCAUCUCGUCUCUCUCCGCUCCGGCGAUUGAUCGGCGGCGCCGAUGGUGUUCCUGCAGCGCAGCCGCCCCGUCAACCCCCGCAAGCGCCCGGCACCGCCGCCCGAGCUCGAGCCCGAGCCCGAGCCCCCCAGGCCCGGCCCGGACGCUUCAUCCGCCGUCGACGCGGCGGCGGCGCUGCUCGCGGACGCGGGCUGCACGCUCCUCGUCCCGCCGCACCAGCCGCCGUCCCUCCCCUCGCCGCACUCCUUCGCUGCCCGCCUCUCCCGCAAGCUCUCCGCCGGCGGGGACGCCUCCUCGCCCUCGGCCCCCGCCCGGCGCCUCCUCGAGGGCCUCGCCGCCUUCGCGGCCUCCUCCCCCGCGCGGCUCCGCCAGCUGCUCCUCCCGACGGCGCCGCACGAGCCGAGCCUUGCCCGCGCGCUCCUCUCCGUCCCCGCGCUCCAGCCGGGCCUGCUCGCGCUGCUCCUCGAGAAGCUGCCCGAGCACUUCGGCGGCGACGGCGCGCUCGACGGAUCGCCGCUGCAGGACGACGUGGGGAGGCUCAUCGUGUCGCAGUUCCGCUGGCUCGAUUUCCUCGCCGACGCCGACGCCUUCGUCGACAAGCUCGUGGAGGUGCUCUCCGUGGCCCCGCACCGCCUGAAGAAGGAGAUCAUCGGCUCGCUCCCGGAGAUCGUUGGCGACAAGAGCCACGCCGCCGUGGUCGCCGCGCUCGAGAAGCUCCUGCAGGAGGACUCCGAAAUCGUUGUCGCCGUGCUCGAUGUGCUGUCGGAUCUUAACCUCAACGAGGAGCUGCAGGAGCAGGCAGUGACUGUUGCGAUAUCAUGCAUCCGGACAAUUGCUCCAGACCAGACGCCUCAUCUGCUCAGGUUCUUGCUGUUGUCGGCUACACCAGUCAAUGCUGGGAGGAUUAUAUCGCAGAUACGUGAGCAGCUCAAGUUUGUUGGUGUUGUCGAUCCACGGGCUGCACGGAGUAAGAAGCUCAAAGGGAAGGCAUCAGCUAAUAGCACUGAUGGGGCAAUACUUGAUACACUGAGAUCAGGCCUACGGUUUAAGAAUAUGCUUUGUGAGGCUUUCCUGAAGGAGCUGAAGUCAGUUGACCACCCGAGGGAUCACAAAGUGAUUGAUGUUUGGCUCAUCAUGCUUAUCUAUGCCAAUGGUGGUGCUCUAGAGAAGGCUGCAAAGAAAAUACUGAAGUCCAAGAUCUUACAUGAGUGCAUAAGAGAGACACUGUUUGAUCAAUGUAUUCAUGGGAACACUGAACUGGUAAAGGAACAUUUCAUGUCAUACCUCUCAGUUAGCGAUUACUUGUUGGCUUGCAAGGAAGAGAAAGCUAGAGAGUUUGCGGCUUAUUUGUUCACAGCACUAUUUGAAGAGUUCACUGAUACAUACUCCAGGCAAGAGCUUGUGGGUUCAUUGGUCACUCAUAUAGGAUCUGGGGUUAGUUACGAAGUUUCAUCUGCUCUGGAUAUCAUGAUUUCUUUAACAUCCAACAAUUCGGAAGAACUGAUUCCUAUAUCUUCACACAUAACUGGAAUAUUGGAUUACUUGGAGAGUUUUGGCGAAGAUAAUCUUCGGAAGGUUUAUGAUAUCUUCUGUCGUUUGGCACUGGCUGCUGGCUUCAAUACUGGUUCAGGUGGCUCUUCAGUUGCUAACGAGGUUCUAAUGGUGGUGAGGAAGCAGGUUAGUAAUCCAGACAUGAAGUAUAGACGGAUGGGAAUAAUUGGGGUUUUAAGGAUAGUUUCUACUAUCGCUUCCACUGAUGUCAAUGCUGCUGUGAACUGUUCAUCAUCUCAGCAACCAAAUUGUGAGGAGGCCCUAGAAUUGCUGAAGAUGUCUGUCAACUCAUGCAAAUUUGUGACAUUACUCUUGAUUUUUCUAUAUGAUGAAUUAGCUGCUUUGCUGGAUAGCAAAGUUAUCCACUCUUCAAUUCAUGACUGGGUAGGAGAGCAUGUUGCAGAGUUAUUUGAGACACCUUUUCUUGCCGAUCUUGAAAAUGGUGAACUACCAGAGAAAUAUCUAUGUGAUGGCAUAGAAGGAGAAUUAUGGAUGAAGUUGGAUGGAAAUAUCUCUCCAGUAUGUGUAAAUAUUAUGCGUCUAGCCCCCACUUCGCCCCAAAAAUCCCAAUCCUGCUUGCAGAUCCUUAUGUCCCAAUUUUCACUUUUAACAACAAUUGAACGUUUAGGAAAUGAAGGCUCACUUGGUGGAAUAGAUGCACUACUUGGCUGUCCUUUGCACCUUCCCUCUACCAAGCACUUGGAUGGAGCUAACUGGGGAAACCUGUCAGGAUUGCAGAAAAAAACAGUGUGCUAUUCCCUAUACUAUGCAAUAAACUGGAUCAGGGAGUUGCUCAAUGCUUUCGGCACACAGGUUGAAAGUAGGGUUGAUAAUGUUUCACAGAAAGCAAGGAACGAGACAGCAGUAAAACUUCUGAAGCGUCUAAGAAAUCUGAUAUUACUUGAAGGCUUGCUGAAUGCAUUUCUCAAAGAUUAUCCAUUAUCUUUACCUGAGUUGCGAUAUCUUGGGGAUUGCUCUGGAUCAGCAAGCACCAGCAAAUUCAACAUUCCAAAGAACAUGGGAGAGGAGAGCAUAAAUGGUGCUUCCAGCAAAAGACAGAAGGGUUGCAAGGGCAAAGUCUCAGAAAAAGUGAAUCCUGAUGAUAAACUCAAGCAACCUACAAUACUGGAUGCUUUCAAAAGAGCAGGAGUAACAGUCAGUCAAGCAACAAAUAAAGCUUCUUCACAACCAUCAUCAAGUGGAAUGAUGUCAAAGGAUAUCGAACAAGAUGCUACUGAUCCUGGUGAACUUGGGCUUAUAGAUUUAAUGGCAGCACCAGUUAAACUAGAUAUGCAAAGAUACAAAUUCAGAACUAUCCGUGCAACGUGCUUGUCUUUGUUGAACUACUCAGAGUGUCAAGGUUCAUCUUCUUACCUUCAAACUGAGUUACCAACAUAUCUAUAUCUUCUCCGUGAUCUGCAUAACAAAUUAGAUAAUCUGAAUCCUUCAAUCAAGCCUUUUCUUAGUACUUCUAAAGCAAAAUAUACUCCUACUCAUUGCCAUAAGAGUACACAAGAUUUUCUUGACAAAAUCCAGCCACUAUUCUUAGUUUUAAGGAAGCAUCUGGAUGGAGCAGUUUCAAUGAUCAAAGAUGAAUCAGAGAGCUGUUCAGAUGACUGGAGUUCACAUUCAUCUUCUGCUGGCAACCCAGACAUACCAUAUGUGGUUGUCUCCAAGUCAUCAAUUGUGACUGCUGUAUGCAAGGAGAUUCUUGGCUGCUACAGGAAGUUACUUGGCAUUCCUGAUCUGUUGAAUCAACCAAACAUGUCAAUUCUGAAGCAACUUUUGCAGACUUUACAGCCAACUGAAAAUUUUGAUGAUGUUCUUUCCGAGUUCCAACCAUCUCUUGCUCCUUGCAAUGUUGAUUACCUGUAUUGUGGAGCAUGUAAAAUAUUGGAGGAUAUUAUGGAUUCAGUGUCCUCAUUUUCAUACCUUCUGUCUUCUAAUGUGUUAAUUACUAUACAAUCAAUUGUAAAUUCUGUUGUUGUGUUGUUGGACAAAUCUGGGGAACCAAAUGGGAAAAAUAUACACAUGGGAUGCUCCAAAGCAAUCAUUCCCUUUCUGCGAAAGCGUCUUGGAUACUCAGCUCAUAAGCUGCUCAGUGCUGAUUUCCCUAGCGAAGAUGCUGGAAAAGGAUGGCAGAGUAAAGGUGAUCUUAUACAGAAGAUAUUGCAAAUAUACCUUAGGAAUAGUGACUCUACUUCAGAUCUACUUGCUGAGAUAGGUCGUGAAUUGCCUAAGGAACCUUCGCUCAAAACAAAAGAUAACCAAGAUGUAUCGUAUGGUUUUCCAACAUUGUGUUCCUCCACUAUUACCUCUUGGUACCGUGUGCUUCACGAGGAGAACACAGGGAGUUUAAACAAGACGAUCAAACAAGCACUGAAGGCUAGAGGAUCAGUUGAUACUAUUCUUCAAGAGAUUCAGAAAUCAGUGGAUGCAUUUGUCUCUCUAAUAGGAAUGUGCAAGUCCCACGAAAAGGUUUCUAUGCAUGCAAUGGCAGUUAAACAUGGGGGGAAAUUUAUUGACACAUUUCUGAAAGCCUUCAACUUUCUAGAGAGACAUUUCGAGCAACAUAAUGACACCAUAGUUAAAAUGCUAAAACAACUCCAGAAAGGAACAAGAAUAAUCCAAUCCAUAUGUUCAGAUGCUAAGGGUAACAAGCGGACAAUGAUCACAAGCAAAGUACCUCCUGCAAAGAGAUCCAUGGAGCGGUUCUUGUUCCAGGUCAAGGCGCUGCUACACAGCUGCUCCGCCGAGAAGGAAUUUCAGAUGGGCAAUUUGAAGCACAAGGACUUGCAAGGCCAUGUGGUGAGCUCUCAGGCGUAUGGGAACGUGGAUGAGGAAGAUGAGGAGCAGACGGAGGUCGACUCCGACCUUCCAGCUGAUGAGCACGAUAAUGGCAAUGCCAUGGAGGAGGAUGCUGUGGAAGGUAGCAACGAGACGCCGAUGGAGGAGGAAGAGGAAUAGUGGCAUAGAUUAUGUAGCUCGACGGCGGAGGGUGGCGGCGGCACACGGUUUUGCUCCCACGUCGUACACGUAAGCAGUGACAUGGAUGGAUGUACGUGGACGUUGUGGUCUCCAGUCCGUCCAGAUGAAUCGAAGUCGGUACUACGUACGGUCUCUGCUGCAUGCUGCUGUGCAUGCAUAGAUAGUGUAUACUCUACCGCUAUGCUAGGUACUGCCGAGAGCUAGUCGUCGGAUCGAUCGACAUGUACAGCAACUGCAUAUAUAUUUGCAUUGCAUCAGUGGUACGUAGUCCACGUCGACUGCUGCAUGCUCAACCAGCAGUGUAGCACGUACGUUCCCAGCCCGGCCAGAACAGACAUCGGAAAUGGCUACCUUUUGGGAGGGGGGAUCGCCCGGAGUUUAGCGCAGGUACGGCGAAUGACAUACGCUAUGCAUGCACUGCUAGCUUUGACAUUAUUCUUGUGCAUCACAUAUGCAUUAUAUAUGUACGCACAAAGCCAAUACUACUACUAUAUAUUUAAUUUA